UUGGUUGCUUGCUUGCGAAUCUUGCGAUUGCUAAUAAUUGUAUGAAAAUAAGAUUGAUUUGAUUUGUGAUAUUUCUCCAAAAGCCAUACAGAAUGACUGAUCUCCUAUGUAGAAUAUGCCUGGCACGUGAUACUCGUAUGUGUACAACGUACAACACGCCACUGGAAGUGCUUUAUCAAAAAAUCACAAAUAUACCUCUUAAAACAAAAGACGGAAGGCCGCAUGUGGUGUGUUACGUCUGCUACCAUUUAUUAAGCAAGUGUCACAAAUUCAUUGAAAGUGCCGUUAAAACUGACAAAGUUCUUCAACAACUAUGUAGCAGUGGUAUACAGUUAACCAAGCAGCAUAUUGCAGCGAUAGACAAGGCUUUCUUACUCACACCAUUAACUAAGUCACGCGUUAUAAAUGUAAACGCAAUAAGCGAUUCAGACGGAGUCAGUAUAGAAGUGGCUGAAGUCAAGAGAGAAAUUGAAGAAGAUAAGCCUAUAUAUUAUGAGGUGGAAGUUGUUAAAGAAAAAGCUGAUUCUUUAGGUUUUGACGGCAUAAAUAAUACAGAACAUAGUUCAAAACAGUACGCUUGUACUAUCUGUGGUCAUUGCUUGCUCACCAAAGCUGAAGCUAGGAAGCACUACAAAUGGCAUGGCACCUCCGAAGAACCCUAUCUGGACUGUCUGAAUUAUUUGUUUGGCGCUCCACCAACUGUGGAAGUCACUAUGCAAGUUAUGCAACCUAUCACGGCGCCAAAUGACAGCAAAGAAGUAAUAAAGGCGCCAACUGACCACAAAGAAGCACUACCGGCGCCAACUGGCAGCAUACAAGCACUAACGGCGCCAACUGACAGCAAAGAAACACUAACGGCACAAACAGGCACCACACAAACAGCCACUGCACCAACUUACAACAUACAAGCGUUGACGGUGCCAACUGACCACAAAGAAUCACACGCGGCGCCAACUGACAGGAAUGAAUCACUAACGGCGCCAACUGACAGCAUACAAGUGGUGACGGCGCCAACUCAUAGCAGAGAAGUGCUGAAGUCUCCGCAAACUAUCAUAGCGUCCGACACUAGUCCAACGAAGAUUGAAAAUGAUGAAGAGAUGCCUCAGAAAGAAGAUAUGGACGAAAAAUCAAAUUUACCCGAAGAACUAAAAGAUGAAUCGCCAAAAAUUUACAAAAACGAAAAAGAAUUAAUGACAGAAAUGAAAAUAGACGUCUAUAAAAAAAUUGUGAAACCAAAGAAUAUAAUAAAGAAAAAAGAAGAAACUGCGAAACCAAAUAAUACAAUAAAGAAAGAAGAAAAAGCAACUAACAGUAAAGUGACUAUAAAAAAGAAAAAACUCACUAAAAACAUGAAACCAAAUAGAAAAAAUGAAACAAAAUUAACCGUUAGUAAUAAUUUAAGCGAAAACGAGGUAUAUCGUAACGUCCCAUUAUUUAAAUCGGAUGACCCGUUAGACACAAAUUAUAAAGAUAAUACACCAAAUACAGAUAAAUUAGACAGUUCAGACACGAAUAUGGACACGGAAGAUAUAGAACAAACUGAUAAAAAUGAAACGAAAAAUAUUACAGCAACAGAAAAAACAUUUCCAUGUGAUACUUGUAAAAAAGUCUCCCCAAGUAAUGCGAGGUUGAAACGCCAUAGACGUGUGCACACGGGAAAGAAACCAUUCUCAUGCGAACAUUGCUCGAAAACAUUCGCAGAAAAAUGUAACCUAAGUCGACAUUCCCGAAUCCAUUCCGGAGAAAAGCCAUUCGAGUGCGAUCUCUGCGGAAAAUGUUUCUCGAUUAAAACUCACUUGAGCGUUCACUUACUCACGCACAAUAAUUCUAGUAAAAAACAAACUAAAAGCACUGUGUCGUGCGAUGCUUGUGGAAAAAUAUACACGCACAAAAUGAAUUUAGCACGGCACAUUUCAACAAAGCACGCCAGGACACAUACAGGUGAAAAACCGUUCUCAUGUAACUAUUGCGAUUACAAGACUGCUGUAAAAUCAGCUUUAAUUAUACAUAUACGGAAACAUACAGGUGAAAAACCGUUCUCAUGUAACUAUUGCGAUUACAAGACUGCUGUAAAAUCAGCUUUAAUUAUACAUAUACGGACACAUACAGGUGAAAAACCGUUCUCAUGUAACUAUUGUCAUUACAAGACUGCUGUAAAAUCAGCUUUAAUUAGACAUAUACGGACACAUACAGGUGAAAAACCGUUCUCAUGUAACUUUUGCGAUUACAAGACUGCUGUACAAUCUCAUUUAAUUAGACAUAUACGGACACAUACAGGUGAAAAACCGUUCUCAUGUAACUAUUGCGAUUACAAGACUGCUGUACAAUCUCAUUUAAUUAGACAUAUACGGACACAUACAGGUGAAAAACCGUUCUCAUGUAACUAUUGCAAUUACAAGACUGCUGUACAAUCUAAUUUAAUUAGACAUAAUAUACGGACACAUACAGGUAAAAAGCCGUUCUCAUGUAACUAUUGUCAUUAUAAGACCACUCAAAAAUCAACUUUAAUUAAACACGAAAGGACACAUACAGGUGAAAAACCGUUCUCAUGUAACUAUUGUCAUUACAAGGCUGCUGUAAAAUCAGAUUUAAUUAAACAUAUACGGACACAUACAGGUGAAAAACCGUUCUCAUGUAACUAUUGUCAUUAUAAGACCACUCAAAAAUCAACUUUAAUUAAACACGAAAGGACACAUACAGGUGAAAAACCGUUCUCAUGUAACUAUUGUCAUUACAAGGCUGCUGUAAAAUCAGAUUUAAUUAAACAUAUACGGACACAUACAGGUGAAAAACCGUUCUCAUGUAACUAUUGCAAUUAUAAGACCACCGUAAAAUCAAGUUUAAUUAAACACGAAAGGACACAUACAGGUGAAAAACCGUUCUCAUGUAACUAUUGCCAUUACAAGACCGCAUCAAAAUGUAACUUAACUGCUCAUAUACGGACACAUAAAGGUGAAACACCGUUCUCAUGUAACUAUUGCCAUUACAAGACUGCAGUAAAAUCAGAUUUAAUUAGACAUAAUAAUAUACGGAGACAUACAGGUGAAAAACCGUUCUCAUGUAACUCUUGCCAUUAUAAGACCACCAUAAAAUCUACUUUAAUUAAACACGAAAAGACACAUACAGGUGAAAAACCGUUCUCAUGUAACUAUUGCCAUUAUAAGACCACUCAAAAAUCAACUUUAAUUACACACGAAAGGACACAUACAGGUGAAAAACCGUUCUCAUGUAACUAUUGUCAUUACAAGACUGCUAAAAAAGAUAAUUUAAUUAGACAUAUACGGACACAUACAGGUGAAAAACCGUUCUCAUGUAACUAUUGCCAUUAUAAGACUACUAAAAAAUCAACUUUAAUUAAACACGAAAGGACACAUACAGGUGAAAAACCGAUUUGAGGUAAACAGUCACUAUAGAAAAAAAAUCUUCAGUAAUUAUUUCAGUAGGUUGUAGGUAUAGUUAGUAGUAUAAAAGCAGUAAAAGAUGUAGCUAAAAGUCUUUGGUGUAAGUAGGUAGGUAUACUAUACAGGGUGGAAACGAUAAGUGAUCUCACUCGAUUAUUUCUAAACUAUACAAGAUAUCGAAAAAUUGAUUACUGAUCCUGAAAGUGCUUACCGCGUACGUGCUUACCCAGUUUUUGGAUAUCUUGUAUAGUUUUUAAUAUUAUGUGGUUUUACUAAAUGUAUGGAAGCUGGAAACAUUGAAUUUUCGGAUAGAUCCAUUUAUUUUGUAACCUAUUAUUGGUACCGUUGGAUAGAGCUCGGGAAGCACUUUCAGGAUCAGUAACCAGUUUUUGGAUAUCUUGUGUAGUUUAGAAAUAAUCGAGUGAGAUCACUUAUCGUUUCCACCCUGUAAAGGGAGGCACACAGAAAUAAGGCCUAAGUUACCAACAACGAGAACCGAACAUAGGACCACUUAAGGCAAUGUUAUACAGGGUGACUGGAACUGAACCCGCCAUAGAUAAUACGCGUAUAGAGGAGGUCAUUUGCUAAUUAUAGAACCUUACUUUCUAUAACUAAAGUUUUAUAGUUUAGGAGAUAUGUCAAUUUUUAUACAAUUUUUUAGAUUUUUCCGAAAUUUGACCUAAAAGCUGCUUAUUUUUUUUUCUCGCAUGAUUUUAACCGACUUUUUUAUUUGAUACUAAUAUCGAAUAAACUUUUAGUCAAAUAAAAUAAAUUUCAGAUCUAGAUUAUGAUUCAAUAACUAGUUACGAGCCGCCAAAAUCUAACAAAAGUAAAAACCACGAUAAAAAAUUGUACUUCGAAUUCGAUUGAAACAAAAAUUAAUGGUGAUAAUGGAUUGCCAAUGAUCAUAAAAAUAUCUCUAGCUUCUCCUCUUUCCAAUGAUAUAUCACACGUUGUAAUUAGAUAUUGAAAUUUGUCAAAAAUUCAAAGUUUAUGGAAGAAAAUGGAGUAAUAAUACAAAAAUUAUCCAUACAAAGUUGAUUUUGAAUUUUAAACUCUUUUCUUCAUAAUGUGAUCAUUUUUCAAGAAACAAACAAAAAUAGUUAUGAAAAGGAGUAUAACAGAAAAAAUGAGAUGUUUGAAGAAACUUUGUAUGGGUAAUUUUCGUAUUAUUACUACAUUUUCGUCCAUAAACUUUGAAUUUUUAAUAAAUUUCAAUAUCUAAUUACUACGUGUGAUAUAUCAUUGGAAAGAAGAGAAGGUAGAGAUAUUUUUAAGAUCAUUGGCAAUCCAUUAUCACUAUUAGGUUUUUUUUAAAUCGUAUUCAAACUUGAAUUUUUUAUCGUGGUUUGUACUUUUGUUGAACUUUGACGGCUCGAAACUAGUUAUUGAAUCAUAAUCUAGAUCUGAAAUUUAUUUUAUUUGACUAAAGGUUUAUUCGAUAUUAGUAUCAAAUAAAAAAAUCGGUUAAAAUCAUGCGAGAAAAAAAAAAGCAGCUUUUAGGUCAAAUUUCGGAAAAAUCUGAAAAAAGUAUAAAAAUUGACAUAUCUCCUAAACUAUAAAACUUUAGUCAUAGAAAGUAAGGUUCAAUAAUUAGCAAAUGACCUCCUCUAUACGCGUAUUAGCUAUGGCGGGUUCAGUUCCAGUCACCCUGUAUAGAAGGUAAGUAGGUACGUCAUAUUUUUCUUAGGUUCCGUUAUUACUAUUUUACACAAUACUUUGAGAAUAGUAACUGAGUAUUAUUUAUUUAUUUUUAACAGAGUUAUAAAGUUGCCUUUUUAAACUGUACUUUCUCAAUUAUUUAUUUAAUACUAGCUGACCCGGCGAACUUUGUUCCGUCUUAAUGGCAAUAAAUAAGCAGACUUUUUUUUAUUUUGAACGGGAUAAAAAGUAUCCUAUGUCCUUCUCCUGGCUCUAAACUACCUCCCUGACAAUUUUCAGCUAAAUCGGUUCAGCCGUUCUUGAGUUAUAAGUGGAGUAACUAACACGACUUUCUUUUAGUAUACAGGGUGGAAACGAUAAGUGAUCUCACCCGAUUAUUUCUAAACUAUACAAGAUAUCGAAAAACUGGUUACUGAUCUUGAAAGUGCUUCACGAGCUCUUUCAAACGGUGCUAAUAAUAGGUUUCAGAAUAAACUGGAACUAUCUGAAAAUUUAAUGUUUCCAGCUUCCAUACAUUUGGUAAAGUUACAUAAUUUUAAAAACUACACAAGAUAUCGUAAAACUGGUAACUGAUCCUAAAAGUGCUUCACGAGCUCUAUCCAACGGUAUCAAUAUCAAGUUACAGAAUAAACUGGAUCUAUUCUAAAAUUAAAUGUUUCCGUCUUCCAUACAUUUAGUACUAUCACAGUCAUGGCACUCAUCUCUUGAUAAUUUUAUAGCAAGUAAAGCCUAAAACUAAUGCUUUUCACAAAUAAUUUUAAAUAAGAUACAAGUUACGAGUUUAUUUAACCGCCUUUUUAAGUUUAUUAUUUAAGAAAAAAAUAAAUAACACUUUUAAUUUGUGUCGUCGGCAUACAUUUAGUAUGGAAGCUGGAAACAUUGAAUUUUGGGAUAGUUCCAGUUUAUUCUGUAACCUAUUAUUGGUACCGUUUGAAAGAGCUUGUGAAGCACUUUCAGGAUCAGUAACCAGUUUUUCGAUAUCUAUAUAUAUAAAAAUGAAACCCGUUUUCCGUUGUCACGACAUAACAUGAAAACGGGUUGACCGAUUUGGCUGAUUUUUUUUUUGUAGUUUUCUAAUACUCUGUACAAGGUUUUUACGGAAAAAAAUAUAAAGAAAAUCUCUACGCUAAGGCGGUACGAAGUUCGCCGGGUCAGCUAGUCUUGUAUAGUUUAGAAAUAAUCGAGUGACAUCACUUAUCGUUUCCACCCUGUAUAGAUAGAUUGACUUAAGUAUGUUAUUCUAAUGAUGGUAGUUCAUUCAUGAACAUGAUUUUGAAAUUACUUACAAUUUGAGACAAUAUUAUAGUUAUUAAUAGGUAUUUUACUAAACAAAAAAUACACUGAAAAAAUGUUUUGUUUGUAUUAAACACGAACUAUUUAUUACUAAUGAAGUCUUGAUUACCAACACAACAAUACCUAUUCUUUUAUGAUUGACCUAAAAUGUAUAUUUUCAAUUUUUUUUUGUAAUUCAUUCUACCACUAUAUUUUUUUUGUCUAUUAAUAUUUUAGGAGAAAAAUAAUUUUGAUUUUUAAUUGUUAUUGUGUUUAAAUUUUGUCCCUGUCUGCAUGAUAAAAAUAACAUUUAAGUAACUUAUCGCCUGAAUAAACUUUACUGAACUAAACAA